AUUUGUCUGUAAAACUGCGGCUUUCGAGGGUCCUUUGGAAAAGAGGCCCCAGCAGGAAUCAACUGGUCUGGAUCAGCACAAAAAUGGACAAGGAGAGAGGAAAUAGAGGAGCUGCUUCUAAAAUGCGCCCCCCUGUGGGGUGUAACAGAAAGAGCCCUGAGAGUGUCCUGAUGGAGAGAGCAGACUCCCCUGUACCCAGCUGUGUUUCCAUGAAGAGUGACUGGUCAAUGGAGCCCCCACUCAAAUUCAGAGAGGGACCUUUUCCUACAGAUCAAAGUGUCCUGAUGGAGAGAGCAGACUCCCCUGUACCCAGCUGUGUUUCCAUGAAGAGUGACUGGUCAAUGGAGCCCCCACUCAAAUUCAGAGAGGGACCUUUUCCUACAGAUCAAAGUGUCCUGAUGGAGAGAGCAGACUCCCCUGUACCCAGCUGUGUUUCCAUGAAGAGUGACUGGUCAAUGGAGCCCCCACUCAAAUUCAGAGAGGGACCUUUUCCUACAGAUCAAAGAGACCAAAUGGAAGAAUGCAGUUCAGAUCUACAUGAUAAAAUGAGUUUAUCAUCCAUAUUGAAGUCACUAGAGGAAAAAGCCAUGAAGUUCCUAAAGGACGAGCUGAAGAUGUUUGUGAGGCACCUAGAUCAGAAUUACCCAGAAUGCUCUGAGCCUCAGCUGGAGGAGGACAAUGACCUGGACUGUGAUGGUCACAUGAAGAAGACCAGUGUUAGAGAGGUAGCUCUGAAGAUCACACUGUACAUCCUGAGGACCAUGAAGCAAAAUGAUCUUGCUGACAUGCUGGAGAAGAGACAGCUCAUGCUGCAACAUCAGCAGGAAAUCAAAGGUAAACUUAAGAAGCAAUUUGAGUGUGUAUUUGAAGGGAAAGCUAAGGAAGGACAGCCAACACUUCUCAGUGAGAUUUACACAGAACUCUACAUAACUGAAGGUGGGACUGGAGCAGUCAAUGAUGAACAUGAAGUGAGACAGAUUGAAACAGCAUCCAAGAAAAUGCGAACAGGAGAUACUACAGUCAAAUGCAAAGAUAUAUUUAAACCCUUAUGUGGGCGUGAGACACCUAUCAGAACUGUACUCACUAAAGGGGUGGCAGGUAUCGGGAAAACAGUCUCUGUGCAGAAAUUCAUUCUCGACUGGGCAGAAGGAAAAGCAAACCAGGAUGUUCACUUCAUAUUUGCUCUUCCUUUCCGGGACCUGAAUUUGAUUAAGGGUGAAUACAGUCUGAUUGAACUGCUUCACCACUUUGUCCCAGAACUGAAAUCACUUCAAUCCACUGAGCUGUUUAGCUACAAAGUCUUGAUCAUCUUUGAUGGCCUGGAUGAGUGUCGCCUUCCUCUGGAUUUUCAGAACAAUGAGAGCUGGUUUGAUGUAACAAAGAAAACGUUACUGGAUGUGCUGUUGACUAACCUCAUUAAGGGGAAUCUGCUCCCAUCCGCUCUUCUCUGGAUUACCUCCCGGCCAGCAGCAGCCAAUCAGAUUCCUCCUGAGUGUGUCCACCAGGUGACAGAGAUACGAGGGUUCAGUGAUGCCCAGAAGGAGGAGUUUUUCAAGAAGAGAUUUAAUGAUCAGAGCCUGGCCAGCAGGAUUAUCACACAUGUGAAAUCAUCAAGGAGCCUCUUCAUCAUGUGUCACAUACCUGUGUUCUGCUGGAUUUCAGCCACUGUGCUUAAGAGGUUUUUGAGUGAGACUGACAGAGGAGAAAUUCCAAGGACUCUGACUGAAAUGUACACACACUUCCUGAUCUUUCAGACAAGUUUAAAAAAUGACAAGUAUAUGAAAAACCAUGAAACUAAUCUUAAGGAAUACAGCAAGGAAUUCCUUUUAAAACUUGGUAAACUGGCUUUUGACAACCUUGAGAAAGGCAAUCUCAUAUUUUAUGAGCAAGAUCUGAGAGAGAAUGGCAUUGAUGUCACUGAAACUUCAGUUUACUCUGGAGUGUGCACAGAAGUCUUUAAAGAGGAGUAUGGGUUGUACCAGGAGAAGGUGUACUGCUUUGUGCAUCUGAGCAUCCAGGAGUAUCUCGCUGCUUUAUAUGUGUUUCUGUCAAACUCAUCAGCUGACCUGCUGAAGACUACAGUGGAUCAGGCAUUAAAGAGCAAGAAUGGACACUUGGACCUCUACCUCCGCUUCCUCCUGGGCCUCUCAACAGACUCCAGUAAGACUCUGUUACAAAGGCUACUGGGGCCGACAAGAAUCAGCUCACAUACCAUUAAGGAAACAGCCCAAUACAUCAAGGAGAAAAUACAGGAGAAUUUAUCUCCAGAAAGGACCAUCAACCUGUUCCACUGUCUGACUGAACUGGGUGACAAUUCUCUAGUAGAGGAAGUACAAAGAUACCUAAAUUCAGGAAACAUUUCAGCAGAUGACCUCUCACCUGCACAGUACUCAGCUCUGGCCUUUGUGAUGCUGAUGUCAGAUGAGGAGCUGGAUGUGUUUGAUCUGAAGAAAUACAUCAGAUCGGAUAAACAGCACUGCAGGCUGCUGCCUGUGGUCAAGAACUCCAGGACGGCUCUGCUGAACAGCUGUGAUCUCAUAGAUAAACACUGUGAAGUGCUGUCUUCAGCUCUCAGAUCAAACUCUUCCCCCCUGAGAGAGCUGGACCUGAGUGACAAUGACCUGAAGGAUUCAGGAGUGAAGCUGCUCUCUGCUGCACUGGGGGAUUUACACUGUAAACUGGAGAUAUUGAGGCUGUCAGGUUGUAGAGUCACAGAAGAAGGCUGUUCUUCCCUGGCUUCAGCUCUGAGGUCAAACCCCUCACACCUGAGAGAGCUGGAUCUGAGCUACAAUCACCCAGGAGACUCGGGAGUGAAGGUGCUCUCUGCUGUACUGGAGGAUCCCAGCUGUAAACUGGAGAAGCUGCAAGUGGGCCGGUGUGAACUCACAGAGAAAUGCUGUGAGGCACUAGCUUCAGCUCUCAGAUCAAACUCCUCACCCCUGAGAGAGCUGGACCUGAGUGACAAUGACCUGCAGGACUCAGGAGUGAAGCUGCUCUCUGCUGGACUGGGGGAUUCGCACUGUAAACUGGAGAUACUGAGGCUGUCAGGAUGUAGAGUCACAGAAGAAGGCUGUUCUUCCCUGGCUUCAGCUCUGAGGUCAAACCCCUCACACCUGAGAGAGCUGGAUCUGAGCUACAAUCACCCAGGAGACUCGGGAGUGAAGGUGCUCUCUGCUGUACUGGAGGAUCCCAGCUGUAAACUGGAGAAGCUGCAAGUGGGCCGGUGUGAACUCACAGAGAAAUGCUGUGAGGCACUAGCUUCAGCUCUCAGAUCAAACUCCUCACCCCUGAGAGAGCUGGACCUGAGUGACAAUGACCUGCAGGACUCAGGAGUGAAGCUGCUCUCUGCUGGACUGGGGGAUUCGCACUGUAAACUGGAGAUACUGAGGCUGUCAGGAUGUAGAGUCACAGAAGAAGGCUGUUCUUCCCUGGCUUCAGCUCUGAGGUCAAACCCCUCACACCUGAGAGAGCUGGAUCUGAGCUACAAUCACCCAGGAGACUCGGGAGUGAAGGUGCUCUCUGCUGUACUGGAGGAUCCCAGCUGUAAACUGGAGAAGCUGCAAGUGGGCCGGUGUGAACUCACAGAGAAAUGCUGUGAGGCACUAGCUUCAGCUCUCAGAUCAAACUCCUCACCCCUGAGAGAGCUGGACCUGAGUGACAAUGACCUGCAGGACUCAGGAGUGAAGCUGCUCUCUGCUGGACUGGGGGAUUCGCACUGUAAACUGGAGAUACUGAGGCUGUCAGGAUGUAGAGUCACAGAAGAAGGCUGUUCUUCCCUGGCUUCAGCUCUGAGGUCAAACCCCUCACACCUGAGAGAGCUGGAUCUGAGCUACAAUCACCCAGGAGACUCAGGAGUGAAGCUGCUCUCUGCUCUACUGGAGGAUCCCAGCUGUAAACUGGAGAAGCUGAAUGUGGAUCACGGUGGAGAGUGCAGGACCAGACCAGGCUUACAGAAAUACUCCUGCCAGCUGACGCUGGACCCCAACACAGCAAACAGACGCCUGUCUCUGUCAGGGAGGAACAGGAAGGUGACAUGGGGGGCAGAGCGGCAGCCAUAUCCUGAUCAUCCAGAGAGGUUUGACAGCUCCCCCCAAGUUCUGUGCAGAGAGAGUCUGACUGGCCGCUGUUACUGGGAGGCUGAGUGGAGAGGACCUGCAGUCCUGAUAGGAGUGACUUAUAAAGGGAUCAGGAGGAAAGGAGGGAGUGACUGUGGGCUUGGAGACAAUGACAAGUCAUGGUGUCUGCGCUGUAAUACUGACAGUUACUCUGUCCGGCACAAUAAGAAACAGACUCUCAUACCCAUACGGCCCUCAGACUCCCACAGAGUAGGAGUGUAUCUGGACUGGGGGGCUGGUGCUCUGUCCUUCUACAGAGUCUCCUCUGAUGGACUGACCCUCCUGCACAGACUCACCUCCUCAUUCACUGAGUCCCUCUAUCCAGGGUUUGGGGUUUUUAACUCCUCAGUGUCACUGUGACGUGUUGCUGGUUCUUCUGGCAAAAGGGUGAAAUCUCUGCUUUUUAACCUUUAUAAUCCUUUUCACUCUGAAAUGUAUGUUUGACAAAUAUAAAUGCCUGUGUUCAGUGAGCUGGAUAACCAUGAAAAAUAUAUUUUAAUAGUUUUUCUCUCUGGCUAAUAUGUAAUUAAAUGUAAUCCUGAUGAGUGGGGGGCUUUCCCCCUCCCCUGUAUAUAUACAUUUUAUAUAUUUAUCUCCAUUUACUGUAUUCCCUCUCUGUACAAUGACAAUAAAGGCUUUCUGUUCUGUCCUAUUAA